UACACCUGGAAUUGCAGUGGAUAAUUACUUGGAAGUUAGUGAUUGUUGCUUGCAUUCCUAUGAUUUUCCCUUAACCUCCCACGUAAUAAUAUCUUCCCAAUAUAUAUAACGAACAACCAUUCCCUAGCAAAUCAUGGAUCCCACAAACACUAGUUGGACAGAAUUGAAAGAAAAUUUGUUUAUUUCCUAAGUAACAGCACAUCCACAUCCAGUACAAUAUGGCCCAUCUUGCAUAUAGGUUGUGUAUGCAUGCUUAGGAAGCAAGGGUCUAGGGCUAUGGCCUGUAUAUGCCAGCCAUAUAUUUCCACUGCUUGUCUGGCAUGGAUUAUGGCUUAUUUGUCCCACCUCCCUGCCAUAAAUGAUUUAAAACCCUAUUAAGAAAAACCCAAUUGUCUGGCAUGGAUUAUGGCUUAUUUGUCCCACCUCCCUGCCAUAAAUGAUUUAAAACCCUAUUAAGAAAAACCCAAUAAUCUUUCGCUAUCUGUUUUGUAGUUUUGCUCCUAUCUAAAACAUUUCUAUGCGUAUUUAAACUAUAGGAGGAUGAAGUGAGGGAAGAAAAAAGGUGUGGUGCAAUGGACGAUGAGGAGGAAGCGAAGUUGUCUGAAAUGCAGAAGAUCGAAAUGGCGAAGUGGUUCCUUGUGAAUUCCCCUCCUGGAGAAAUCCAAUAUGUCGCCAAAGACAUUAGAUCGGUAUUGAUGGAUGAGAGAAUGUACGCAAAGGCCACAUUGGAAGCCUUCCCCCUUCACAAUAAGUUCCACAUGAUAUCUCUGGAGAUGCCCAAUCGAAGUGGUCAGGUGAUUGUGACAGAAUUUAGUGAGCUUGAUGAAACUCAUUAUUUGGAUCCACGAACUGCCCAAGUUGCAACUGUUAACCAUGUUAAGCAAGUUUGUACGGAGGUCAGACCUGCUGCAGAUGUGGAACUUGCAUCGGUAUAUGUUGAGGAGUUUCGUUUUGCUUUGGACAAUGAGCUUUCUAAAUAUGUUGAUGAAGCUUAUCCAAAAGGGGAGUGCUCGGUGUAUUGCACAGCUGGAAAAGAUGUUGAAGGAGAUGGAUCAAACUUUGAACUUACAGCUGUGAUUUCUGUGGCCAAAUAUAGCCCUCAAAAUUUCUGCAAUGGAUGUUGGCGUUCAGUUUGGAAAAUCGAUUUUAAGGAUGAUGUGCAGGCAGUGGAAUUAAAUGGUAAAUUAGGGGUUGUUUCUCAUUAUUUUGAGGAAGGGAAUGUGCAACUGGAUACAUGUUAUGAAUGCAAGGAAUCUAUUGCGAUGCAGACUCCAGAAGAAUGUGCAUCUUCCAUAACAAGUAUUAUUCGACACCAUGAAUCAGAGUAUUUAGCAUCACUGGAGGAAUCUUAUUCAAAACUCUCUGAUACAACAUUCAAGGUAUUCCAAGACCUCAUGGAGCUUCGAAGGAAACUUCCAGUUACUAGAACCUUAUUUCCAUGGAAUAACACUUUACAAUUAAGCUUUACAAGAGAUCUAACAAAGGAGCUCGGCCUUGGCAAAUAAUUGAACAUCAAUGUGGCAAAUCACAACCAGGAAAGAAUUGAAUGAUGUGUAUUACCUAAAUUGUAGCAGAUAUUCUUCCCAUGUCUUGGCUAGGAAUUUCAAGAUUGGGCUUUGAGGAAGCAUUCAAUAGGCAACCAAGUUCUACAGUACCAGCAUGAUUGUGAUGAGGAGUAGGAAUCCUCAAUUUGAUUGAUUGAGUGACUUUCAACUUGAGAUUUUUUUGUAAUCUAAUUGUAAUCUUCUGAAUAUUCUGCACAGCUUUCGCUUUGCAUCAUCUACAAAGUAAAAUUAGUUAUUCUUCUAUCGAAUGAGUAAUUGAAUCUCAUUACCUUUGGUGAGUUAUGGUUUAUGUGAAAAAAUCUGGUUUUGUCUCUUUGAUAUAAAAAUUCUAUCGCCAGGUUCCCCAGCUUUUGGGCCAUCUGGGCCAUUUGAUGUACAUUGAGAGAUAUAAUGACAUGGUCGUUUUCCCUUUCCAACA